AACCACUGAGCUAAAUCCCCGGCCCAGGUGCAUGGUAUUUCACUAUAAGUAUAUUCUUCCUGGUGAGCUUAGGUUUGUUCGUUCACUCUACAGUAUUUACUGAGCGUGAACUGUGUAGGAACCGUCGCGCUAGGGACCAGCCCCAUGCGGUACGGGGUUGGAAGUGUUGGUACCCACGGUGCUGUGAAUUUACAAUGGUACUGGUUGGUGUCAUGGCUCCCCAAGGCCCCCUACAUCAGCACACGAAAAGAGGGCAGAUUGGGGCACACAGCCUUUGGGGAAGGUGCUGACGUGGGCCCCAGAGAGGCUGGGGGCGCGGCCUCAGGCCUGGAGGAGGGGAGUGAGGCGGCCCCGCUGGGAGCGGCCGGCGGCCCUGUCAGUCUCGGCUGUAAAUUUAGAAGGGGAGGUGGGCCUCGCUCCGGAGGGGCGCGGAACUUCCUGCCCGGCGCCCCAGGGCUCAGGGCUCUUCAAGGUCGCUGUGACAAGGGGCCGGGGCGGCCCCGACCCUCCCGCGGACUGCACUGAGGCCUCCGGGCGCCUCGGCCUGCUGAACAGCCACACCGAGCUGUCUUUGUCUACGAGGUCCUCUCCUAAGUCCCCCGCCGAGUUCCUGGCGCGGGACGGGAGCAGGAAAAGCUCCCGCAGCCCGGGCGCCCGUCUUGGAGCCGGGAUACCACGUUGGCACCUCGGAGUGGGCCCUGACCUCCUCCUGGCUCACGUAAGCACGUUGGGAAGGGAUUGCCACCAAUCCUGGGCAACAAGGCCCGGCCAGGACUGGACUUGCUGCAGGCCGCGAGCUUGGGCGGGACUGGCCCCCACCCCUGGCUGGGAGGCGCGACUCCGGCCGCUCGGCUGGGACCUCUUUCCCCCUUCCCCCGGCACUAGGGGCUCUAGGCAAUUUGUUUGGGCUCCUUGCCCCCAACCCCAGAUUUCACCCUGGAGAUCUUGAAGACUCUGGAGAGAAGCCAUGUGGGGGGCUGCUUCCCCUGGGGCUUCCUCCCGUCCCCCGACUGCCUGAUCCUCUGGAGCGUCCCCGAUGUCUGCAAAGAUGUCGAUCUGGACGUCCUCGUGGAAGCCUUGAAGCCCGUGGGGACCUUCAAGAAGAUCGGCAAGGUGUUCCGAAAGGAGGAAGACUCCACGGUGGGGAUGCUGCAGAUCGGGGAGGACGUGGACUACCUGCUCAUCCCCCGCGAGGUCAGGCUGGCCGGGGGCGUGUGGAGGGUCCUCUCCAAGCCCGCCACCAAGGAAGCGGAAUUUCGGGAGCGGCUGAUCCAGUUUCUGGAGGAAGAGGGCCGCACCCUGGAGGACGUGGCGCGCAUCAUCGAGAAGAGCACCCCGCACCCGCCCCAGCCCCCCAAAAAGCCCAAGGAGCCCCAAGCCAGGAGGAGAGUCCAGCAGGCGGUCACCCCAACACCUUGCCUGGUCGUCGGCACCUACGACAGCAGCAACGCUAGCGACAGCGAGUUCAGCGAUUUCGAGGCCUCCAGAGUCGAGGGCAACCGAGGCUCGGGGCGGGCCCGGAAGGCGCGCAGAAUGCCCGUCAGUUACUUGGGCAGCAAGUUCCUGGGGAGCGACCUGGACAGGGAGGACGACGAGGAACUGGUCCAGGCCUUCCUCCAGCACCAGGAGAAGCAGCCCAGUGCGCCGCCUACUGGCCGCGGCGUCCACCUACCCGUGCCCGUGUUUGAGGACAACCUGGGGCUCCAGCUGUCCGAAGCGGACAGGCAGCAAGAGUAUGCCAGCCAGGUGCCCUGGGCGAAGCUGAAGCAGAGGUUGAAGGGGAGUUGGGCCCUGAGACCUGGCCCUGCGGAGGUCGAGGCUCACCAGGCCCCCGUGGCUGCGGAGAGAGAUGGGGCGUCCACCAGCGGGGGGGCUGAUCCGGCCAGCGCAGGAGCGAGGGUUGUGCCCGAGCGCUCCCCCAGGCGAUGGAGACCCAAGAUCACCUGGGCCUCCUUCAGGCGUCGCAGGAAAGAUGAGACCGCGUCCUCGGCUCAGGGGGCAGAGGUCCCAGCUGAGCAGGGUGCCGAGGCUGCAGAUAAUCAGGGGGCAGAGGCCUCAGUUUCCCAGGGAGCAGGAGCUGCAGAUGAUCAGGGGGCAGAGGCCAUCGCUGAGCAGAGGGAAGGGGCUGGAGCCCAGGCUAUCCAGGAAGCUGGAUCUUCAGCUGGCCAGGGCGGCACAGGGACAGCCCCAGGAGCCAGGCCCCAGAAACAGGUCAAAACAGUGAGGUUCCAGACCCCUGGACGCUUUUUGUGGUUUCGAGAGUGCAGGAGAGCCCUCUGGCACACUCCCCAGCCGCCAGCCCUGCCCAAGAGAGUCCCCAGGGCAGGGGAGGGCAGGAGCCUCAGGGUGCUGAGGGCAGAGGCCAGGGCAGAAGCGGGGCAGGGAGAGCAAGAAGACCAGCUGUGAGGGGGGCCCUGCUGCGGCCCUGGGGUCCCCACCUCCCUCCAGAGGCAGGUGGCGGGGCAGGCAGUACCUCCGUCUCCCCUGGGGACCCUCUCUCUGACUUAUUAUAUCUCGUGUGCAUUGAUACUUGUUUCAGUACUGACUCCUUUUAGCAUCCCAAAGACUGUCAAGAAAGGAACUGAGAUGGUGGGGUUCUGUUGCCCAUGCUUUUAGCUUUCUCAGAUGCAGCCCUCAGUGUUCAGCUUGGAAACUGAGGGUACAGGUCGGGAGGGAGGGUUCUGUCCUGCAUCCCUUUGCCUGCACACUUAGCAUCUAUGCCUCCUUGAACUUGAGAGGAGGACUCAAGCCAACAUUCGAAUAAAAACAUUUACCAGUUGA